AAAGAAGAGGUGGCGGGGGUGUUCAGCUGCAAGGAGUGGCGAAAGAGGAGGAGGAGUGCAUGGGGACGACUGAGAGCGCAUGACCGAACCCAAGACGAGUGCAAGCUGAGAAGAGGGGAAUACCGACAGACAGGUGGAGCAGAGAAAAGAGGAGAGCAUCUUCUGUCUUACAUCUGGAAGGCAGAGCCACACAGCCACGGAUCAUGGCGAAUGCCACAGCCACCGUACGCCCUCUGCUACCCGAUGCCAUCCCCAUUUCCCACGUUUCCCUGCAGGUUCAGGAAGUCUACCCCUUCCACGACGGCUGGAACGUGGCCUGCUUCGUCAUCCUGCUGCUCUUCAUCCUCACCGUUCUGUCCCUGGCCGCUUUGGCCGUUCUCUACGAGUUACUGGACUGUGGCUGCUGCGCCAAAGGGAAAACACGCCAUCAGCGGCAGCAGGAAAGGUCGGGAAGCUGCAGCAACCUCAUGAUGGGAGUAUGCAAGGAGGUGGAGAGCCACACGGAGGUGGUAUAGCAGCAACAAGGACAAAGAAAAAUGGAAGAAUUUGGGGGGUUGUGAUGCCAAAUUUAUUACCAAAAACCCCCUGUUAUUAUAGACAAUGUGUCUGUUUGCAUGUGUCCAGUUUGGAGGGAAAGAUAAAAAUAAAUUGAUGUUCAAGAGUUUUCUGUAAAUAAAAACAUCUGAAUAGUAAGACCUUUAAGUAAAACUUAUGUCGUAUUUUUUUUAUAGUGGUUAUUUUUUUCCUGCUGUUUUCUUUCUAUGGAUUGUUCACCAACAAUUUCUUUACCCCUGCAUCCUUAUUCUGGCAAGCUUGGUAACCUCACGGUCAUGAAUUAGUGUUGUACCACAGCUUUUCAUUUUGUUACCAAAACCCAAAUAAAAGUCUACAGAAAUCUGAUGGUA